GGCGGAGGCAGCACUCCAGAAGCAGCCCAGAAGCCCGAGGAGGAAGAAGGAGAACCGUCUAGGCAGGAACUGAAGGCGAGAGGGGAGACUCCAGCCAACGCAGGAUGAAGAUGCUCGCGAUCCUUCUGGCCUCCUGGCUGGCGCUGGCGGGAUCAGCCACGGUGGGGCCCAAAGAUGACAGAGAAGAGGUGCCACCCGCAGAGGACCUCCUCCAAAAAGAAAUCGACCCCAUUCCACUCCAAGACAUGCUCCAGGAGGAACUGGACCCUUAUAUGAAUCCUGUGUACCAGCGGGAAGUGUUUGAUCUGCCGCUGCUGGUCCACGGGGAGCCCCAGACGGAUUUCUCUGCCCUCACCCCCAGAGGACGAAGACCACCCGGUGUCGGCCACCCACGUUACCCCAGCAACCUGCCCGACUUCCCGCCAGGCCGCCCCAACCUCAGCAACAUCGACGGCAUCUGCGCGGAAGGCAGGCAGAAGGCGGCCUACGGGCCCUGGAACCUGCCCCACACCAGCUUCAGCCACCUCAGCCGCCAGGGGGCGGCCCUCAACGACCUGGAGGCCAGCGUGAGCCAGUGUUGCCAACUGCCCGAGGACAGGAAGCUGGAGUGCAGCCAGGCUGCGUGGUCGGAUGUCCUGGAGAAGUUCUGCGAGGCCGAAUUCUCCGUGAAGACCAAGCCUUACCCCUGCUGCAAGCUGGAAGGCGCCAGCCAGGAGGACUGCUUUGCUCGCAUGGCCCCUUCCCCGAAUUACGAGCAGCAAGGAGAGGAGCCGAGCGACUGCACCCCGAGUGACCCCUCCCAGUGCAAGCCCAAAGACCUGAUCGCCGCUCACAAGCUGCCCAAGAUCGCCUUCCCUCCGGGCAGGCCCACCGAUGCCAACAUCAAGAACAUCUGCAAGCUGCGCAAAUUCCGGCCUGUCUACCCCGAGAGCACCCUCCCGAAGUCAGGCUUCGGCUGGUUUGUGCGCCAGGCCCGGGCAAUAAACCGCCUGGAAAAGGAAUUCAAGAACUGUUGUCGGAAGGAGGACGUCGUCGGCUGCGCCUACGGAAGGUGGGAAACGGUCCUGACUCAGUUCUGCAAGAAGGAGGGCGCCGUGAAGACCAAGCCCCACUUCUGCUGCAAGGAGCCGGAGGGGGAGGACCGCUUCGCUUGCUUCACCAACCAGGCCCCCUUCCCGGCCUACGACAGGGAGAUCCGGGUGGUCAACCUGGCCGAGGUCACCCCUGCACUCCUGGACCUGCUCUGUGGCCAGCACACUCUUCUAUCCAAGCAGAAACACAUGCCUGCUUUGGUGCAGAACAUCACACAGCCCUGUUGUGAGCUGCAGGGGGAUGAGAGGACACAGUGUGCCCAGCAAGAGAAAUCUCAGUUCAUCACCACCCUCUGCAACUCCCCCAAAGCCUUUUGGAAGGACACAAAGAAAUGCUGCUCUCAAGCCAAGGAUGCCGCCCGCGUCACCUGCUUCGAUGCCGGCUACCUGAGCAACGUCACCCUGGCCAGCACAGAGCAGCCCCUCCAGCCCACCGAGCCCACAGAAUAAAUCGCAAAAGGACAGCUCGCGUACUUCUGAAAGACACCUUGCCCUCCUUGCUGGCCUGCCCCACUCGGGGAGCGAGUCAGCUGUUUUCUCGGCCUGUAGACUGUCAGAUCUGUAAGUCAUCCCCCCCACCCAGCAUGCGCUGGCCUUCCGUUCAAGGGGGUGUCUCACACACACACACCAGCUUCAUGCACUUUAUCUCUUGGGCAGUUGUGACAGACGAGUCCCCACUUUUAGGCCCGUGAGCCUUCCUCCCAUUCCGUCUGACUUUGCCUUCCAUGCCGGAAGUGCUGGAAGGCUUCUGUUUCACCCAGGGAGGAAGCAGGAGAGGCAGUUGCCGUUGGGUACCCUGCCUCUUGGUCUCUUUGUAAAGUUAUGUCAUUCCCACCAAACUGAGCAUCUCCAUGUCUUGGUGAGAACUCGGUUUCCCCUUCCCCCCCCCUUUGAGUCCUGCACUCUGUUUUGUUUAAAGCCAGCACCGCAAAAGAGGGCAGGGUUUGCUUUUGGACCUCUGUUCCAUUGAAAGGGAGCCGGUUGGCCUCCAGCGAGUUCACCUGGUGCCAAUUUCGUGUGGAGGCAGCCGUGCAGGAACGAGGCCUGCACGACUGGAAGAGGGGAUUUAGCCGCGAGCCGCUUUUCUGCGGCGCUUCAGAAGCGUAGCAUCGCCGGCAGACCAGAAGAACGGUGUGGUCGUGACUGGGAACGACCUGGAGCAGACGUGAGUCCGAAAGGCAGGAGAGCUAUUUGGCUGGCAUUUCCCUCUGUCAAGCCGCAUUUCUGCAUCUCGGUGGCUCAGUCAUCUCCCCCCUGCUGCUGGCAACGUGUUUUUAUAUCCUAGUGCAGUGUUUGCAGACAGCUCUGCCAGAGGCACAGGGUUCCAAUAAACCCUUUUUAUGGAAGAAUAA